AUGGCUUCAUUAACAAAGCAUUGCACUACAAUAGCUCUUACUUUGAGAGGAUUGCAGAUUCUCGUGUCACUACUCCUCAUAAUCUUGGCCUCAGUGAACCUCAGUAUCACUGGUUAUACCAAGAUGUACAUUCGCAAGUCCGUUAUUAGUGGGAGUAUCGUAUUUGUCUACUACCUAUUGACAAUCACCCCUUUCACGAGAUGGUAUCUUCCUCUCACCAUAUUUUGCUGGGAACUUGCAACAAUUGCAUUAUAUUCUGUUGCUGUUCCCUUUGCUAGUGUGCUCUACCGCGAUACCGACUGUACCAGUGGUUAUGGCUCAGAUAUGACAGAGUGUCGCACUGGAGUUGGUUCUUUCGUCUUGGGAUGUAUAGGCCUUGUGCUCGCCUUUAUUUCCUUCGUAUUAGUUAUCAGUUACUCAUUUGUUCCUGCUUGCAAGCAGAAUCAGGUUUUUAGUUGCAACCAUUUCGGCAUUGGUGCCAUUUUCCCCAAGCAACCGGUUAAAAAGGAGGAUUGUGAGCACAAGAUGUCAGAUGAUCCUUUUGCGGAUAUUAAUGUUGCGUAA